AUGGAAGUGACUGACUUUCUUAGAAUAGUUGGAGAAGACGGCCCAGGUCUUCGCUCCGUAGAGAAGUGCCUUCAGGAUGACGGCCUUGUACAUCUUCAGUUCGGUAUUCAGUUGGAAAUCGUGGUGACCCCACACGGAGUUCUCCAGUCGACCGAAGGGUUGGCUGCCUUUGGAGAUCCGGUGGACCACUUUGUCGUCGAUUUUUAUGCUGCUGGGAAGUUUGCUUUCGAGAUAAGCGAAAAUGUCCACCGUUUUGAGUUGGUUGCCAUCGACAUUGAUUCGAGGUUGAGUGUUGUGUUGCGUGUUGGGUGUUGGAUGACGGUUGGUGCAUGACCACCAUUUUGUCCGUUCAGUCCGAAGUUGGAGCAGCCGGCGAAGAAGAUGUCCAUGUUCCGUUGCACGUCUUCUUCGGUCGUGGUGUUGAGCGUGCAGUCUUCGACGGAGAACAGGUUCGUGGACAGCAGUAAUGGAUAGUCACGUGGGGGCCUGCAGGCUCCUGCUGUUUAGAAGAUGCCCAUCGGUUCUUUAGGUGAUGCGUAUCCCACAGCGCUCAUCACAGUAGGAGUUAAUCAGCGUGGCAGUGAACGUGAGAUUGAAGAGGGUAAGCGUGGGGGCGCAGCCCAGCUUCACUCCAUUGGUCACCUCAAGUGCCUCAGGAAUCGCGCCGUUGUCCGUGAUGCGCGCCAUCAUCCCAUCGUGAAGCUAACGUACCAUACGCACGAAUAGUUCAAGAAAGCCGAAUUCCUGCAUGAUUUUCCAAAGUCCCUCCGAAUAUGCCACAUCGGAGGCAUUCGGCAAGUCCAGGAAGGUAGUGUAGACGUGGAUUCUCAUCUCCUGGCACUUCACUUAUAGCUGUCGAGUCUCAAACACCAGGUCAGUGGUGCCCUGGUGUCGUCGGAAGCCACAGUGGCUUUCUAGAAGGAGUUCUGGCCCUAGUAGUCCGUUAAGACGAUUGAGAAAGAUGCGGACAAAAAUCUUCGCGGCGAUGUUCAGUAGGUAGAUGCCUUUGCAAUUGUCAUAGGGUUGUCUGUUCCCUUAGGGCUUGUAGAGAUUAACAACAGAUAUAACUAUCGAUCCGUAGGUUGCUCGAUACAUGUGCAAUAUCGAGGCACCAGUCUGUGCUUGUGGUUGGCGUUCGUCUUUCCAGCUUCUUUUUGUAUCACUUUCACUUGCGAUCUGAGAGAGCAAGCCUAUUUGCCCUGAACACUGACGGACGCAUCCUUCGAGAUAUGGUCCUUGGGAAAAUUCUCACAUGUCCUAAGGUCGUGAAGCAGCCCAGUACUGAGUACAAGCCUGUAGAGUUCUACAAAGAUCUUCAACCACAGUUCAUACAACUCAAGGUACUGCAGCAACACAAGUUAGUUCACAAGAAGCCGCCUGCUUGAUCCACAUAUUUUAGUCUCUGAAUUCAAAAUUUAUAAGAAGGUAAAGCCCAGUCGUGGUCGUAAACAUCACGGGCAGGAUUUCUUCCUGCAUAAAAGAAUGCUUGGAAGCUUUGCUCUAUUCAUUUCAAGGAGAAGGAUACGAAAGAACAUACUGAUUCUAAAGGUGCUUGGAGGUCAGUUGAUCAGAUAACCUAUAUAACAGGCGCCAGAAGUGUAAUAUUAACUCAUUGAACAACAUGUGAAAAGCACCUAAAAUAAACCUUUCAAAAUUGUCAGGGAGAACACCACCUUACCCCACCCAGGAAUCCCAUAGUUUACUGUUCUGAAAGUCAGAAGUUGCGUGGACUAGAGGGGCGGAAAUAAAAUGACAAUGACCGUGAAGACGGCUGUAAAAACUCGAGACCACUGAGUACUAUGUGUUGGCCUCUGAAACCAGUUCACUUAUUGUAUACUAAAAAAUCAGAUGGAAAAAUAACUAAUUUAUGGUCGGUCUGCUACGGAGAGUGAACUUUUGUAAAUGUCCAUUUCAAGCUUUCGGCUUGUAUUCUGGUAAGUUCUGUGUAAAAAAGCAACCUUCCCGUAAGUAAACAACUUAUUUUUACCCGAAGCUUGAUCGUUCUUCAGGCGAUCCUAGCGCUCAGUAAAUUAAACGGUUGUUGGUGUUGUUUCCGCCGCAGAUAGUGAAGUACCCACCCUGUGUUGUGAAUGACCGGAUGGAAAUACUCAAAACGCAGUGCCCAACUCAUUUUCCAGUGGGCUGAACUGGACAUCGGUUGAUUUGAACCGGGCAGUUGCAGUCGCGGGGCUAACUUGGAGAUAGCACUCACCGCAGAACAGUAGAUUAUGCUGCUCUUCGCCGUGGUCGGUAUACCGGCCGACAAGCCGGCGUCACUGUUCUCGUCCUGUGUGGUCCUAUUCGCAUUGGCGACCCGCCAUGCUAAUGGACCCACCGAGGUGCACACAGGUGCUUAGACGCGGAGCUUAUCUUUCUCCCAGUCCUCAGCCAAACCUAUCCCAUCCCUUCGCUCCCUCUGCAGACGAGAUGCUGAUUCGAACGGUCGGACACAAUAUUUACGAUGUAAGGGGGGCCUUAUUUGUGACCGACCGCGCACCACCUGUGGCGGCGGAAUGCGUAAGAGAUUUGAACUGGAGCCACACACCCCUCUCCCCGCUCUGACCACUAGCCCCUCUCUCGGUGUGGGGGGGGGCUUCAUUCCUGCCGUCUCCCUACUGCCCACCUCCAGCGCCGCCGCCGCCUGCUGUUAGAGCUGGUUUUGGCGCCAGGCGUAGCCGGCAGGGACACCCACAGCACAAUAUAUCGGGUGGCUGGUGAGGCUAAGACAGUGUCUACACCUUCUGGCCUCAUGCAAAAUGAGAUUGUCUCGUCUCAUAAAAAAGCAUCUGGCUUUUCUGGCGGUAACAACGCGUACCGUUUACACGGCUGAUGAACACAAUACUGUUGGAGUUGGGGUUAAAUGUUAGGGUUAGGGGUUAUGGUUAGGGUUAGGGUCAGAGGUCAGUGUUAGGGUUAGGGGUUAGGGGCUAGGGCUAGAGCUAAGGGUAAGGGUCAGGGUGGUUACUGUGGUUAUGUGGUUAUGUAGUCCCACCUGAUGGACACAAUACUGUUAGGAGUUGGGGUUAAGUGUUAGGGUUAGGGUCAGAGGUUAGUGUUAGGGUUGGGUGUUAGGGCAACUAAUUCUCAUCCACUCAAAGUACAACCGCGCAUUCCCAAUAGCUUUUCUUUUGCAUACAGCUACUUGACCUCGUCGCCUGUGCGUCUCCCGGCCCCACCUGUAAAAACCCCCAUUACCAUCGGUCGCGUAUUACAGGUGGUUGGGGUUUGUUUACCUCAGGCGUGGCUGCAUAACCUUACCUGACUCAUUUAGGACACAAGAGUUGAGAUCUUUUCUAUGAGAACAGAAACCUCCUUAAUCCCUUGCGGCCGUCCGUACUUGAAUGCGUAGAGUAUUGACCGAAGCUCAAGUAAGGCUGAUAGAACCUUUUCUGAUUCUGAUGGUAGGGCCUGGUUGAGUGCGGUUUUAGCUUACCCAACUACCAGGGAAUGUAAUGUCACGUCCUUUUUCUGUACGAACAUAUUACCGAUUAUGUUUAGACCCCAUUUUGUCUCCAAAAUCUCGGGAGUAUUUUUUUAAUAUUUUGCGGCAUGACGUGCAUAUUCACUCCAUCUUAAGAUUUGCAAACUAAGUACCAUCUAUUUCCUCUGAGGUAAAUCCAUACAAACCCCAAUAUGCACGCAAAAAGCCCGCCGAUGGCUGCACGUACGAAUCACAGUGCAUACCUUAUUUGCAGGGCUAAUCAAUCUAUGAGUCAAAGGAUGCAUACAACAACAGUGUUGUACUUGUGAACUUUUCAAGAGCCGAAAUUCUACUUUUCUUCAGACACAAGCACCACAAAAGACGUAAUUUCACACAAAUUAGUUCAUAGAAUGGAUUUUAGGUGAACCAUUUAUAGAUACUGUGAUCUUAAUCACAGGGACAGCUGAAAUAACUCUAGAAAAUGUAAAAUACACACAGAAAUUUCUCGGCUGAUGAAAAUAUCAGUCAAAAUUCAGCAUGAUGGUGUCUUGUGCAACGGGAGUUAGGGUUAUAUUCUAGGACAAUCGGUCUUACAAUCGUCGGAAAUGGUUGUGUAUACCUCCUUCUUCCCCCCUGACCUAUGAAAUAAGGCCAUCGUAAUAUAACAGCGAUAGUUAAUGGAGGUUUUUACAGGUUUGGUUUUUCAGAAGGAGAAAAGGUAGACUUCUGAAGUAUGUAAAAUAGUAAAAUAGCAUUUAUGUUGUAUGCAUCCCGUAAUUUGUAGGGAAUGGUUGUUUUGGAGGGAUACGCACGGUUGCUCCCAACCCUGUAAUAAAAGGUAGUUUCGGAUUAAGCCUGCACAAAUAAAGUGUUUGUGAAAAGAAAUUGCGCGCAAUCUCGCGGAAAAGUACCCGCUGUCCACUGAUUAAAGGUAAAGUAGGUAAGUUCUGUGUAUGAAGAUGGUUCAGGCGGUGAGCGGGGGGUUCUACACAAUCUUUCCCUACCCUUACGAUCUUACCUAAAUGAAAUUUUUGCUUGGAUAACAUAGAAGAAAAUUUCCACAAGCAUUCCGUGAUUUUUGACACACUGUAAAUUACUAUCAGAGGCUCGUGCAUAUGUCUUAGUCGAACGGGCAUGUCUACAUUUAUCAGUUGAAACUUAGACAGUUCGUAUAACAUGCAACAUUAGAGACUUUCGUUAAGUCAGGCCGUUCAGGAAAAGAGCAUUUUCCAACAACAAUUUGUGAUGCUAGUGGGUUUGACACUUUUGGCCUGCCAAACGCGAAAAUUAAUUUAAAUUCCACUCUUACUGGAUUGCAGAGCUCACGGUAUUUUCCGUUCAGUGUUAUGACAAGUGGUUUUAACUGCUUACAUUUACUGACUUAAUCGAGUUCUGGAUGUCUGCUGAAGAUAACAGUCAGGCAACAGCUGCGCUUCAUUCACCCAGUUUGCAGAGAAGAAGAAGAAGAAGAAGAAGAAGAAGAAGAAGAAGAAGAAGAAGAACGAUACACCGGUCAAUUAUUUUACUCUAUAG